UCCUUCCCUGACAGAAGGACUGGCCGGGGCUCAGGCCCGGCAGCACGGACAUGCUGGCCCUGCUGCUGCUGCCCCUGCUGUGGGGGGGGUCCCUGCAGGUGGACACAGGGUUCAAGGUACAAGUGCCGAAUUCGGUGACCGGGCAGGAGGGCCUGUGUGUCCUCGUGCCCUGUUUCUUCUCCUUCUGGAGUCAGUGGUCUUCCUCUCCCCCACUCUACAUCCACUGGUUCCGGGAUGCGGACCACAUAUACUUUGAUGAUGCUGUGGCCACAAACGACCCAGACAGAACAGUGAAGACACAGACCAGGGGCCGAUUCCUCCUCCGUGGAAAUAUCAGGAAUGGAAACUGCUCCCUGAGCAUCAAAAAUGCCAAGAUAGAGGACAGAGGGAGUUACUUCUUGCAAAUGGAGAAAGAGAAUGGUGUAAAAUAUAAUUCUGAAGAGAGGGUGAAUCUGCAGGUGACAGCCCUCACAGAGAAACCUGCCAUCCACUUUCUGGAGCCUCUGGAGUCUGGCCACCCCACACAGCUGAGCUGCAGCCUGCCAGGAUCCUGCCCAGGGGGACGGCCUCUCAGGUUCUCCUGGACGGGGGGUGUCCUUCAGGCCCUGGACUCUGGGACCCUUCACUCCUCGGCCAUCACCCUCACCCCGAGGCCCCAGGACCAUGGCACCAACCUCACCUGUCAGGUGAAACUCCAAAACUCUCAUGUGGCCACGGAGAGAACCGUCCAGCUUAAUGUCACCUAUGCUCCACAGAACCUCACCAUCAGCAUCCUCGGAAAUGGCACAGCUCUCAAGAUCCUGCAAAACUCAUCGUCCCUCUCUGUCCUGGAGGGCCAGACUCUGAGGCUGCUCUGUGCUGCUGACAGCAACCCUCCUGCACGCCUGAGCUGGUUCCAAGCGUCCCCAGCCCUGAAUGCCACCCCCAUCUUUAAUACCGGGGUCCUGAUGCUGCCUCAGGUAAAAAUGGAACACGAAGGAGAAUUCACCUGCCAUGCUGAGCACCUCCUGGGCUCCCAGCAUAUCUCUCUGAGCCUCUCUGUACACUACCCCCCACAGCUGCUGGGCCCCUCCUGCUCCUGGGAGGCCCAGGGGCUGCGCUGCAGCUGCUGCUUCCGUGCCCAGCCGGCCCCCUCCCUGCGCUGGUGGCUCGGGGAGGGGCUGCAAGAGGGGACCAGCAGCCAGGGCUCCACUACCACUAACAGCUCAGCUGGGCCCUGGGUCAACAGCUCCCUGAGCCUCCAUGGGGAGCUCACCUCCAGCCUCAGACUCAGCUGUGAGGCCCGGAACAACCACGGGGCCCAGAAGGGCACCAUCCUGCUGCUGCCAGGGAAAUCUGUCAUGGGGGUGGGAGUAGUGCCUGCGGCCCUUGCAGGUGCUGGCGCCAUGGCCCUGUUCUCCGUCUGCCUGUGCCUCAUCUUCCUGUGCAUUGUGAAGGUCCAAAGGAAGCAAGCAGCUGGGAGACCAGAGCGAAGGGAUGAUGAAGACCCUGUUAUGGGUACAGUCGCCUGGGGUUCCAGGCAAAAGCCCUGGCCAGACAACCCUCCAGACCAAGAGUCCACUGUGAGGGACACCCAGCCCUUGGGAGAGCAGGACCUCUAUUAUGCUUCUGUCAGCUUUCAAGAGAUGAAGGCGAGGAAGCCUCAGGACCAGAAGGCCACAUGCACCACAGAGUACUCAGAGAUCAAGCCAAGCAAGUGAGAACUCACCCAGAACUCAGUCCUAGCUGGUGGGAGGAAAGGACCAGUCAGGGUCCUGUGUUGAAGCACUCAGAGCCUUGUGACAAUAUUAACAGUAACUACUGUACAGGUAGAGCAGAAAGAGGAUGACAGAAUUAGAGAUACGGGCUCAAACUCAAGCUCCAGUGCUCUCUACAGCAUUGUUAUCAACCAGCUCACCUCAUCUCUCUGUGCCUCGAUUUCCUGUUCUAUAAUCAGAGAUUGUAUGUAUUACCUCAAAAGCUGUUGUGAACAUUAAAGAAAUCAACCACAUGCAAAUCAAACAACAGAGGUUCUAGCAUGCAUUGCUGGUCUCUACUCCUCAAACAGAAAGGUCCUGCUGGGAAGUUGUCCUGAGGCUGGUGGUGACCAGUCAUGGAAAACAAGGCAGCAAUGUGUUGGCAUCAUCCGCCAUGCUCAGAACUCUUCAUAGACUCCCUAGGAAAGACCACCCCUCUCCCAACCUGGCAUUUGGUUCAUGAUGUAGCAUCUCAUAUCCUCUCCAGGGUCAUCCCCUUGCCCCACUUUUACUUGUCAAUCCUUCCAGGAUAUUCCCUCACCUCUAGUCUUUCUCCUUCUCAUUAGGCACCCACAAGGAUCUUUCCAAAAGCCAAAAAGCCAAUGCUGACUCUGUCUUGCCCGAACCUGUUCAUGGCUCCCCGGCUAUAGACAACACAUCACAAACAAACACUGCCCUUUGGUAUUUAAAGCUCUUCAUGAUCUCCCUGCUGUUCACCUAUUCAUCCUUUCCUCUUGGCUCACCCUUCCUUAUGCCUUCCAUGCUGGUUUAUGCCACAUUCUUUGCCAUUUGAGAUCCCCUUUCAGGAAUCCAGGUCACCUCGCUUUGUUGGCUUACACCCCCUUGCUUCAAACAUGAAUUCAUGGAUGGUCUUGGGUUGAAAGGGUGGACUGAAGAAAAAGCUCCUUUUCUUCCUCAUGUAAAGAUGUACAAAACAGCCAAAUAUUCACCAUCAGUAUCCAAACCCAGAUUAAUGACAAUGUUAUUUUCUAAACUUUAGAAAGUGACCACAAGGAAAGAAGUGGAUAAUUUUAGUGUGCUACUAGGAGAACACUGAUCCCCCAUACCCAGAUACCCCCAUUUUCAAUACCACAAGGAGGUGAGUUGAGAUCAAUUCCAUCAAGAUUUGUGUUGAGGGUGGCGCCUGUGGCUCAGUCGGUAAGGCGCCAGCCCCAUAAAGCAAGGGUGGCGGGUUCAAACCUGGCCCCGGCCAAACUGCAACAACAACAAAAACAUAGCCAGGCA